AUGAGCCACCGGACAGAUGUCCUCUCCAAGCUUCCCAGCAGCCUUUCCAUAAAGAUUUUGAGGUUUCUGCACAUACGAGACUGGCUGAAUUGUGCCGAGGUGUGCAGCUCCUGGAGAGAUCUCAUUCAGUCAAGUGCCCUGUGGAGUCAGCUCAACUUCUCCAGGGAGAAAGAGUGGAUCACGAAUGCUGAGGUGAAGCAAAUUCUGCGGAUGUAUCGUCCGUUUGUGGUUCACCUGAAUCUACGUGGCUGCACCUUCCUCACUUGGCCCAGCAUCAAGUGUGUCAGUGAGUAUCCAGCAAAUGGACCUGCAGGCUAG